AUGGCACAACCGAGUACUCCACUUGCGGUCGUGGGAUCGCAGUACUGCUGCAUAUCGGAGUUCCCAGUGGACCUUGCGAUUGUUGUGAACGCCGGAAGCCUCAUGGUCACCGACACAUUAGACAAAGUUAUGUUCAAAUUAGAACUCCAAUUGUCUCUUCACCACCGUAGGAUCAUUGUUGAUCCUGCAAGAAAUCCCGUUGUUACUCUUAGACAAAAGAUCAUAGGAACAUUGCAUGGAAGAUGGAAGGUUUACAUGGGAGACAGUCACGACAAAAAAGACCUUCUCUUCACAGCUAAAGCGACUUCAUGGGUACAAUUCAAGACAAAGAUACACGUGUUCUUGGCAAACAACACGAAAAAAAAAGUCCCCGAUUUUACUUUGGAAGGAAAUUAUUUUGAGAGAUCUUGCAUUGUAUACUCUGGAGAUGGAGAGUCCAAAUCCAUUCUUGCUCAGAUGCAUAAGAACAUUGGUUCGACGCCGACAAUGAAGAGCUUAUUGGCGGGGAAUGAUAAUUAUAGUGUAACCGUGUAUCCGAACGUGGACUACGCAUUUAUAGUGGCACUUAUUGCGAUUCUUCAUAGUAACUACUCGCCUAAUGCAGGAGCAGCAGCUGCAGGAGCAGGAGCAGCAACUUCCAUGAUUUUAUUAUGUUAG